ACUUCGGAGGAGGAGAGGGAGCGUGUGCAGUGUUGUUAGUUCGAACAAAAUGGCUGCGACAUCACUGUCAACGAGCGCCCGCUGAACGCCUCCCAUCCGCUCCGCUGUCUGGACCCGCUCAGAAUGUAUUCUCCUGGAGGCUUCUCUCGCUCUGCUUCUGCGAUCGCCAGCGCGCCGCUGGUCGUGCAGCUGGCCACUUAAAGAUAACAAACGUUUCUUUUUUUGCACUUUAAAUCAAGUUGGCCGUCUUAUCGGCAGCCUGCCUGAUCGUCAGACGAACUAGAAUUUUGACAACUGCCUGGCUUUAAACCCUGACACUGUUGUCUUUUGUUUUGAUCCUCCAGGUUUGGUGUCGCAGUUUCUCGUGGUAUCAUUCCCUUUACUGCGUUUCUCUAUACCCGAAUGGGUUGCAACUCUUCGAUAUAUUUUUAUUUUUCAACCGUUGUUUACCUCGACAGCUGACCACCGGGCUGCCCCAGCAGCGGUCAGUCGAUCUGCAAAAACUUGACUUGUAUCGCGACUCGAAUCUGCUCAAUCUCACUACGGGUAACUUUUCUAAAAGGACGUCGGAUCUAUAUUGUUUUUGUUUUUUUUGUUCCUACAUUGGAAGCAGUCUUCGGUGGAAGCUGUCGGAAUUAAUGCGAGGACUGCCGUGUCGGGCUCGGAUCAGCGGAACCCGAUCUGUUGGAGGAGGAAAAGAAGAAGAAAGCUCUGAAAAAGGCUACAGAACAGAACUCCAAAGACACGUUCCAUCCAUAUCUGCUGUGUGGCCCAGUCAAAAAUCUCUCUCUUGAAUCGCAGAAUUGACACGGAAGCCAAGCAGUCUACAAGCUGCAGAAGUGACGCUGGCCACCCUGCAGCACCAGCAUGCUCAUUGGGCUCAGCUAGCUUCAACCCAAGAAACCUCUGUCACCAACUGCAGUUGUGGUAGUUAAGGGAGGAUGGCCACGGGAGCUACUAGCCACCAGGCCCAUUACACCUCUCUGAAGUCCAACAAUAACAUGAUGACGGGACCUGGGUCUGCAAACACCAUAGCCAAUAGCAGAAGCUGGAUUUCUGAUGUGAAGCAAGAAAGUAUGAAUGGUGGGGGGCGUGUUGGAGCAAACAAUUGGGGAUCCCCUAAUUUUAACUUGAACCUGAAUCCCAGUGCCAACCCAUCAGCCUGGCCCGUUCUGGGCCACGAGGGUGGAGGAGUAAUGGGUCCAAAUGGAGUGUCUAACUCUUCUUCUCAACUGGCAGGAGUGAAUGGCAAUGGAAACGUUGCCGGGGCAAAGUCCUGUGGAGGAGGUUGGGGUGGCUCUGUCGGUGCAAAUGAUGAAGAUGUGCAGCGUUCUUCAUCCAACACAAGCCUGACCUUCAAUAUGGAGCCUGCAAACAUAAACACUGAUGGACCAAAUCACACUAAGCAACAGCAGCAAGCUCAGGAGCCAAUGAGUCCAAUGCAUGGGUUGACUGGUUGGGGUGGCCAGUCACCCACUGAAUCUUCUCAACUUAAUGGGGACACCAGUGGCAGCAAUGUUUGGGGUAGUGGAGAAACCAAAGCCUCCGACUCCUCCAAGGACUCGAGCUGGGACGGAACUCAGUCCAGUGGGCUUUCUUCAUGGGGCCGCCAAGGAAGUGGUGGUGGAAAUAGCAGCUGUGGAGGUUGGGGCGAUUGGGGAAAACCCAAUGAGGCUUCAAAGGGUUGGAACGCAGUGGAUGGGGAAAAUUCGGCCUCCAAUCCAGAGCAACAAAUGAGCUCUUGGGGUCAGCCGUCUGGAACGGCACCAGCAAGCGAGGGGAGUGGUGACAGCAAUGACGAGCUGUCGCUCCAUCGAGCCAGAUCCUCGAGUAUGGAGUUCACACCUGUGCUACCCCGACAAGACCUGGACCCAAGGGUGCUGAGUAACACCGGCUGGGGACAGACCCCGAUACGACAACACACUGUUUGGGAAAUGGAAGAAGCAAACUCUGAUGAUGGUAAGAGCAUCAGUAGUUCAGACACCGUGGGAAGCUCCGGCACUGACAGUGGGCCGUCAUCCAUGAAUGGAGGAACCAUUACCCCAACCGCCAUUUCAAGUCAGAGACAUGGUUCUGGAGGCAAAAGCAGUGAUAGUGAAGAAUCAUCUGGCUGGGGAGCUCCUCCACCCGGGACAUGUCAGCCUGGAUCAGGAUGGGGUGAUGCCCCGCAGGAGCCCAGCAAAGCGUCCAAUGGCUGGGAAGACUGUGGUACUAAAAACGGAGGCGCAUCUUCUUGGAGCUCAGAUGAACAGACAACUAGCUGGAAUAACAGUUCAACAAAAAAACAAUCCAGCAAUUGGGUAGAGGGCCCCAAAAGCUCCAAUGGCUGGAACAAGAGUAAUGGAGACUCGUACACCUCCAGCACAGGCGAGUGGGGACAACCUGAGAUGAAGAACAAUGAAUCCUCUAGUAACAUGUGGGAAGGAGAAGGAGGAAAUGGAACUGGGUGGAAGGAAAACCCAAGAGAGGGAAAUCAAGGUGGAAGUGGGUGGCAUGCAUCGUCUGUCAAUAGCAGCAACUGGGGAGAAACAUCUCGCUCCAAUGGACCAGUGCAAGGGAGCUGGGGAUCUCCAAAGCCCCAAGAAAGCAGCAGUAGUAGCACUGGAAGUGGAGGUGGUGGAAGCAUAGGUUCCUGGGGUGGCCCUGGUUCAGUCAAGCAGACCAACUCUGGCUGGAACAAUGUCAGCAAGCAAGACCAGGCCAUGGAGCCCACUGGCUGGGAAGAGCCCUCGCCGCCUUCCAUUCGAAGAAAAAUGGAGAUCGACGAUGGAACGUCCACCUGGGGCGAUCCCACUUCUUAUCACAAGUCUGUCAACAUGUGGGAUCGCAACAAUCCCAACAAUAAUCCUGGUAACAGUGGACCCCCCAUCAAAAACGGAGGAGUGAUGAUGCCCAACAAUAACAACAACAACCAGUCUGUGGGUGGCAACAGUCACCACCAUCACCACAUGCAGCACCACCAGCACCAUGGCCACCUUGCUAACCAUCUACAACACCAUGGAAACAACAACGGGUCUUCCAACAACAGCGUCCAUCCAGGAUCUGGUCCCCAGGGUAGACCGCCACACACCAACCCAGGCUGGGGAGAGCUUCCAAGUGUUCAGAUCAAGUCAGAGCCUGCUUGGGGAGAGCCUGCUGCACCCAUGUCUGCCGUGGACAACGGCACCUCUGCAUGGGGAAAACCCCCAGGUGGCAUUGUGGGAUGGGGAGAUGGUGGUCAUGAGCCCUCCGGACCUUAUGGCCGGCCAAAUGCCCCCCCAGGUUCCUCUCUCUGCAAAUCAGGCCCCAAACCUAUGCAAGAUAGCUGGGGAAGUGGAGGGGAAGACAUGGGCAUGUCCACAGGCCACUGGGACUCCGAGGACGGAGACAUGUGGAACAGCUCUAACUCACAGGAAAACAGCAAUUCCUGGGGCAGCGGACCUAAAAAGGUCCCAAAUAAGAUGAAAAUGGUGAACAAACCUGAUGAUGCGUGGAUCAUGAAUCGGCUCAUCAAACAGCUCACGGACAUGGGUUUCCCGAGAGAUCCUGCUGAGGAGGCGCUGAAGAGCAACAACAUGAACCUCGACCAGGCCAUGAGUGCUCUUUUGGAGAAAAAGACAGACCUGGACAAACGUGGUCUGAGCAUGUCCGACUACAGCAACGGCCUGAACAAGUCGGUGCUGUGCCGGCCGUCCGUGCUCUCUAAAGACCCGUCUGACCGCUCCUUUCUUGACAAGGAUGGCAGUUUGUCUGACGACGCCACCCCAUCACCGUUUCUGCCUUCCCCCGGCCUGAAGCUCCCCCUGUCCAACAGUAGCCUUCCUGGGCAGGGUUUGGGGCAGGGCGGCGCGGGACUGGCCAUGCAAAACUUGAACAACAGACAGAUGUCCAGUGGAAUGUUUGGGAGUAAUGGAGCAGCACAAACCAGGGCCAUGCAGCAGCCUCCUCAGCCAUCAGUGCCACCUCAUGGCUCCUCCCAGCCCAAUCUACGUGCGCAAGUGCCUCAGUUUCUCUCCCCUCAGGUCCAAGCACAGCUCUUGCAAUUUGCAGCAAAAAACAUUGGUCUGAACCCUGCACUUUUAACCUCACCAAUAAACCCUCAACAAAUGACCCUCUUGUAUCAACUUCAGCAACUGCAAAUGGCCUACCAGCGUUUACAAAUCCAGCAGCAGAUGAUGCAGGCGCAACGCAAUGUUUCCGGCCCCAUUCGACAACAAGAACAGCAAGUUGCACGUACAAUCACCAACAUGCAGCAGCAAAUCCAGCAGCAUCAGCGGCAACUGUACCAGGCGUUGUUGAUGAAGCAGCAGCAGCAGCUUCCCUCUCAUUCAUCCUCGUCCUCCUCCGCCGGACUUCACCCCCACAGUGGUCCCCUCGGAGUCUCUGUGUCCGGCAAAUCAUCCCUGGACUCGUUCAGUGGCCCCCAUCAGGCUCAGGGCCUCUCUGACUCACUACACACCAAAGAGCCACCAUCCUCACCUAACGCCUACAGCAACUAUCCUCUCUCUGGACUGAAUCAGAACAUGAAUGUAACCUGCAUGGAGGUCGGGGGUCUGUCCCUAAAGGAUCCCCCGCAGCCUCAGUCCCGCCUCUCCCAGUGGACCCACUCCAACUCCAUGGACACUGGCAGCUCUUCAAACAUGGAGAGCAACCUCAACAAACAUGGUGCCAUAUCUGCUGCUUCUUCACUGGGACCCCCUGGCAAACCCCCUCAGCUGGAAGACUCCUUCAGCCCAUACAAUCUUAUAUCUUCUUCUGAGUCCCCCACAAGCCCUCUAGUGCCACCGGACAGCUGGGGUCAAGCCAAGAGCUCCAGCGAGAAACUCUCCAACGGGACCAACAUCAAUUGGCCCCCAGAAUUCUGCCCUGGCGUGCCAUGGAAGGGUCUGCAGAACAUUGACCCGGAGAACGACCCCAAUAUGACCCCUGGUAGUGUUCCUAGCGGUCCAACCAUCAACACCAAUAUCCAUGAUGUCAAUCGCUACCUGCUGCGUGACAGAAGCGGAGGCAAAAUGUCUGACAUGAAGUCGACUUGGUCUCCUGGACCAAUCUCCCAAAGCCCGGCGUCUCUCUCACAUGAGCUGUGGAAGGUUCCUCAGGGGCCGCGCAACACUACGGCCCCGUCCCGGCCUCCGCCGGGCCUCACCAACACUAAGCAGUCGUCCACAUGGGGAGGCAACUCUCUGGGCCUGGCUCAAGGUUGGAGUGGCUCCUACUCCUCAGAUGGAACCACUUGGAGUACUGAGAACUCCACACGGACCAGCAGCUGGCUGGUGCUGAGGAACCUUACUCCUCAGAUCGACGGAUCCACUCUGCGAACCUUAUGCAUGCAGCACGGCCCUUUGAUCACUUUCCACCUCAACCUGACCCAAGGUAACGCUGUGGUUCGCUACAGCUCCAAGGAUGAGGCGGCCAAGGCCCAGAAGUCUCUGCACAUGUGUGUGCUUGGAAACACCACCAUCCUGGCGGAGUUUGCCGGCGAGGAGGAGGUGAACCGCUUCUUUGCACAAGGCCAGUCACUAGGGGCUAACACCACCACUAGCUGGCAGGCUAACCCAGGAGCCAAUCAGAAUCGGAUGACGUCGCAGUCCCACUCCAUUGGUCAGUGGAGCAGUGGCGGGGGUGGCAGCAGUGGCAAGUCCAGCGGAGGCGACCUGCUCUGGGGCGGGGUGCCCCAGUACUCAAGUCUGUGGGGGCCACCUGGUGGAGAAGAUGCCCGGGUGGUUGGGAGCCCCACUCCCAUCAACACCCUGCUGCCCGGAGACCUGCUGAGUGGGGAGUCCAUGUAGGAGGACUCCCCUGAACGGCCUGCCCCCUAGUGGUCACGUAAGCCAUGAAGGUUUGGGAGGCCACACACGUCAAUGCAAACACGAGCAAAUCCCAAGAAAAUCAUGUGGCGAUAAUCAGCAUCAAGUAAACUUAUGAACUGUGAGGCGUGAAACAGGACACUUCAGUUUCACUUCUGUCGUUGGGUGAAGCUAAAGACGAACCACAAAGUUACGUUUUCAUCCCCUGUGGAGUUUUUCGAAGCAAUCAACGCUGCCAUCUGAGACUUCCCCCUUUUUCCAGAAUCAUCCGGACGCGAGACUCCGUACGACCAUUCCCAGCAUGCCCGCCGCCAAUGAAGACCUUUACUAGUCUAGUGUUUGUGUUCUCAACGUUAGCCUUAAGUGCUCAGGCCUGGAUCCCUCCCCGGCCUCCGACCUUUUUCUUUUUUUAUCGUACCUGAAGAAAAACCUUCGCAGUUUGACCUCCAAGCGAGCAGUCAGUGCGGGGACAAGACCCCCCACGAUCUCGACCAAUCACCUGCGACACGUUCUUGUUUUCUCUUAAGGAUCGAUGCACUUGUUGAGUCCAUGUUGUCCCUUUUUGUUAAUGACAGCUUAUAAGCUGAGAAGAAGUCCCCCCCCACCACUCCCCACGUCUCCGUCUCACACGUGAACGUGUGAGUGGCGGCAGCUAAUCAUCGACGUCUGCAGACCCUGGUCGACUUCAGUUUGGAUCCAGUCGUCAACUGGUGCUUUAUGGAAUUUUCUAGACUUUCUUUUGAUGAGAACACAGUUUUACCUUCAGCAAGAGGUGUACGUUGUGCAAUACACACCGCCGACUGUCAUACCUUCUCAUCGAUCCGGAGCUGGUUUAAGUGUGUUUGCUUUUGAACUGCAGCAAAAGACUUUCAAAAAACAAAACAAAAAAAAAAAAAAAGACUUGGAUUUCCUUCGGGUCACCGAUCCCUGUGAAAGUGUCGGGAGAGCCUCAGGCCCGCAUGGAUGGACCAGCCGGGCUCGCUCCCGCUCCGCCUUGCCCGACGGAGACUGAAUUCACAGCCGGAUGGGUCGGCUCCGGGGGUCCGGCACAAAACCAAAUAGGAGGGUUUCUUAAUUCCUAAUGCAGUAGACGACCCAGCCAGCAGAGGAGACUUGUUCAUUCAUUCGAUCAAAGCACUUAGAAAAAACAAAAACAAAAACAAAAAAACGCUUCAACUGCAAUCAGAUGAAUCAAAACCAGAGCAGCAAAAAGACGUCAAGGAAGAGCUGCUCCUGUGCGUACUGUAACUGUGGAUGGAAAAACCUUGUGGUAGCAGGAUUUAGGGAAACUUGAACUUGGAAAAAGAACAAACUACAGACCAUGAUUUUUGAAAUGGUCACUCUCACUCCAAAUGUUUAGCCUUGCUCUCUCUCCAGAGGCGACGGACUUGAAACGUCUCUGCUCCCGGCCAGUCCGAGGCCAAGUGGAGGGAGGCGGGAGGCGGGGGAGGACGAGGACUGACCCCUCUGCUGUGGUCAGAACUUCUGGCGAGUCUGGCAAUAACGCACCUCCACCACGGCUCUCGUCCUGCCCCCUCCUCCUCCUCGUCCUCCUCCCCUCUCUGACACAAAGAUCACUUUAGCUGGAAAUGUAAUAGUCAUAUUUCUGGAGUUUUUGCCAUUUCUGUUCCGUUGUGUUUUCGUCGACAUGCAGUGGUCCACACACAACCGGCUGCUGAACGCGCGUCACUGUUCAUAUGCAGAAACACUUUGCUUCAAGGUGCCUCUGUAUGUUCAUCCUGUGUAUUGAAUGCAAAAUACGGAUCAAUACUACGGACCGUUAUUGAUUGUCUCUUUGUUUUGACAGUAUUCUGUUACGUGAAACGUGUAGUUAUCAUCCGGGAGGGGGGGUGUGUGUGUGUGUGUAUGUCGCUUCAAGCUGCUCCGCCUGCCCCGCCCGCAGGCUGUCCCCUCUUGCCCUUCGCCCAGCUGCUACGCUAAAACCUUCUCCAGCACCAGACCCAGUAGCCCUCCCCUGCCCCUGCACCAACAGGCCCUUGUUACUGUUUCUAUGCAAUAGACGAGAGGCGGGGGCCCCCGACCGCACGCCAAAACCCGACCGGGCACAGAGGUCGCACUCCUGUCACAGCGCUUCAGAAAGGCGGCCGGGUUUUUCCCGCGUCGAGUCCGCACGCUUUACAAAAAUACGGGCCUCGCGCUGCGGCGCUGAAGAUUCAGCUUGAUCUCAGGGUAAGAGAGUUGAGGACACCACAUUCGAGAUGCAGCUCUCCGUCUAUCUGUCCUUUUACUGUGAGAAUGUAGUCUUAGGUCCGAGCCGCGUGCGCACAGUGACCCGCAUCUCGUCCCACGCAGAUUAUUAAACCUGUUAAUAACCUCUUAGCUAAAAAAAAAAAAAAAGCUAAGACGGUCCUGCCAAAUUUCAACCUCCCUUUAGCUCUCCAGCUGGAUAAACCUCAUCCAGCCUUUUCUGUGCACCGACUUCCUUUAGAAAUUGACCCCCAGGAUGAGCCUGUUCCUAGUUGUUGGAAGAAUUUGCUCUCACUGUGUUCGCGUGGACUUGCCAUUCAAUUGAAGCCCAGCCGUGCGACGUUGUACUCUGACCUCACACCUCCACACUUAAUCCGAACCGGACAGGAAGAGGCGGCCUGUUGCUCUGUGUGGAGUUAUUCCAUGUUCCAGUACCUCUUUAUCGUGCCAAUAUCAAGAUGCUGUGUGACUUUAAACUUACGGAGAAGCUUUGAUGACCUUAGCGGGGGCACAGCGGGGGACAGGAGGGAUCAAACCAAUGGGCGGCAGUGUCACACCCUGAAAAAUACAAACAAACAAAAAAAAAAAAACGACUUUUGUUUUUAGUGUCUUUGUGAAAGUGGGCGAUUCCCCGAGUUAAGGAAGGAGAAGGAAAAAAAAUUGAGUUGGGGGUUCCAGUUUGCUACAGUGCACAGUUAAUGAUGGGUAAUCCCGGGUACAUAUUUUUUUAAAGCCAAAAAUAAAUCGCAUUUUACGUCAUUUUUAUGAAGUUUGACAUAAAAAUAAAUUUUAAAAAAUGCUUAAAAAAAUCUAAAUGAGAAAAAAAAAAGAUCUAUAAUAUGUUUAAAGCUCUGCACUUCUAGCUGAAACGUCUCCUGGCGUUGGGAUCUACUACCAGAGUAGGCCGGUGCCCGGGGUGCCUUUUUUCGUGGAUGCUGUAUUUAUCUUGUUUUCUGUCGGUCUCCUGCUCAAAGCGGGGCUAAGUGAACUGUAACGUUUCCACAGACCCAAAUGGCUUGGGCCCAGUGUGUCAGCGCUGCUCUGCAUCGGGAGACGCAUUUGAAGAGGUACAAAGUCUUAAAAUAUGAGAUGAAGAAAAACAGGAAAAGGCUACCUUUCAGGACUCGGGUCCUGCAGCACACAAGCAAAAAUCACGAUUGCCUGUUUCUGUAACUGCCUUGAUCCGAGCUCAGACAAAAACCCCAUCGCCGAGGACCUCCCAGCAUCCUGUACUCACUGGAGAACCCCGUCGGUGAACCGGGUUCUCAUGCUGCACCAGCACGAGAGGUUCUCCUCUCCACAACUCUGUUCUAGAUAGCAGUAUAAGCAGAAGGUACGCGUCACACGUACCUACGCUGACAUCACCUUCUGAAGUCCGACAUUUCCGUUCUUGAAGGUCGAAGAUGAGCAAUAUGAAUUCCCCCCCCAUCCCCGGACCCCCGCAAAAUCGCAGCAAAAUGAACGAGCUUUGUUGGGUCUAAACUUGAUGCCAAACUUCUGCUCCGAAGUUGUUUAUGCACAUUCUGAUCUUGGUGAUUCGAACGAAGAGCCCAACCUGGUCUGAUGCAUAUUUGAACAGAGCCGUUGGAAUCGCGAACAUAUCAAAGUCAAACGUAAUAUUGAACUCCGAUACUUGAAUCAUAGAGCGCCAAUAAUGUAAUGUGAAGACUUUUUCUUGAGAAUACAACGUGUAUUGAGAUACCAAGACUCAAAAUAUUUUGGGGGUUUAAAAGAGCGAAUGUGUGUGUGUGUGUGCAUGUGCGUGCGUUUGAAUGUGUGCGCAAGAAACUGUCUAUUUGUGUUUGGAUCGUUAUUAUUAUCUUCUAACGUUGCACUGAGUGUCUUUGACCCCUCGCUCAGCUAAUCGUAGACACACAACACAGAGGGGGGACGGUGACAAUUCAUGUGUACAUGUUUACUCAAGGAUCUAUCGCGUUUGUGUUUUCAUCUUUAAAAUGUUCAUCUACCUUAUAGUGGCUUUUAUUGUGGAAUAAUCCCGUUAGCGGAUGAGUAUUGCACCGUUUUUGUUCAAAGAAAAUGCAGAAAAAAAAAAUAAAAAUAAUUGAAAAUGUUUAAAAAAAAAAACUGAAAAAAAAGAAACUUUAAAAAAAAUAACAAAAAAUAAAUAAACAAAAAAAACCUGACCUGUUGCCAUAGUUAGCAGUAGAAGGACUAGUGAUCCCUGUUAGCGUCAUAAAAAGGGAGGUGAGUUCGACGCUCAUGUCAGAGGUGCCUAUAUUUUCCUUUCCAGUUUUGCUGAAGCCACUUGUCGUUUACAAAAGAAAGCAUUUCACUCAAAAAAACAAAGAAGUUUAUUACGAGAAUGUCGAGUAAAAUCAAAUCAUCUACGGUCAAACAAGGACGUAAAGAUCUUGCUAAGUGAAGACGUACGCUACUCUGGGAUCGACUCGUCUUGUCUAAUGUUGUGUUUCCUGUCAGCAGUUUUCUCACACUCUUGCACACUCAUUGAUAAAAGAGAACGGAUUUUGUCUCAGGAAGGCCGGAGUUCCGCCAUUUCUGUGAGGAAUCGCGAAACACCUUCUGGAUGUUUCUGAGAGGCGACAACUGAAAAUGUUUGUAGCAAGUAACAUACUGUAUUUACCAAAUAAGACUGAGAAUCAACUUUGUAAAGAAUAAAAAUGUAAAAAAAAAAAUGCUUUACAUGGGAAUAGAAAUCGCUUCAAGAGUAGUUUUUCAGCGUUUAAUUUGGUCCAGUGUUUUGUUUUCUGGAAGCACAUCUCCGUGUCUGUUAGCAUGUUUGGUAGCUUUUAGCAGGUGACGUGGAGGAACCAAGCUGGUUCUUUUGGGAUCAUGAUCUAUGCACAAGUGGGAGGGAGGAGUCCAAACAGAGGACUCUGAAGUCUGGGGUUCAGGGUUCUAGUGUUGUGUCAUCUCUAGCUUGCCUUUUCUUUUCAUUCUUACAUUCGAGCAACAUUCGGUGGCCAUGCUGUGUAAUCUCAACCAAUGAUCGCUUCACUUUCUGCUCAAGCACUGUGGGGACCGACCAAGAAAAAGCCCUCCACUCAUACAGCUGUCUUUGGACAAUGGUUUUCGGGGGAAGGGGGGGUGUUGUAUCUGCCUUUUUCUUAACUUUGAAAUAAACCUUAAAGAAAAAAAACGUCUGUAACUCAUGAACAAAGUUGUGGCUUUUGAUGUUGUUCUUUUUUUUUUUUCCUCCUAAUAGAAUGUGAUGUUAAGAACAUGCACCGAAAAUGUUCCCGAUAUGAAUUAUGGCGCUUAUUUCAGACGAUAUUAAUAAAGUUACUCAAUUUCUUGGCUGUUAACCACUGUCUUGUUCUUUUCUUCUAAUCUCAAAAUAAAUGUUGGACCAAGAACGGGUGGAAAUGAGGUCUGUUCCGCAAGAA